UUUUACGUAAGUAAUCAACGCCCUCUACGGUCAUUAUUUGCCCACCAAAUUUGAGUCUUGUUUGAUCGGCGGCGAAAUAUUAGGCAAAAAUUAGACGAAAGAACCGAUAUUAUCCCGAUUCCCAUAACAACAUGUGUCUCAAUAUUUCUCAGCUAUGAUGAUGAGCGGACUUCAUCAACUUUUCUGAACAUCAUGAUACCUGCAAUAUGUUCAAUCUGUGCCGACUAUUUUGAGUCUGAACAGACUGUUGUCUCCUGCCCUUGUGGACAUGUCUUCCAUGAGCACUGCUUGUUGCAGUGGCUGGAGAGCUCUACGACGUGCCCUCAAUGCAGACGUCAUACCACGUCUAGGAAGCUCAUAAGGUUGUUCUUUGAAAUACAGCAACCUGAAGAUGGGGAAGUGGACGCAACCUCGCUCAAGAAUGAAGUUGGCGAACUGCAAGCUGAAAUUUGCAGGAAGAAGAAGGAGAUAGCUGAUCUGGUUGCAGAGAGUGCACAUAACAGCGAGAGGGUUGUAACGUUGAAUAAAAACAUCAAGAAAGUCACCAAGAAACUCUCCGAUGAACAGUCUACAAAUGAAGCACUUAAGAAACAACUUGAUGUAAUGAGUUUCAGAAUGGACGAGGCAAAAGAAGCCAAGCGAGAGGCAAAGAGGCUCAGGGAGAAACUCAAAUUUUUGGAGAGAUUUGAGCUUGUAAUGUCCAUGAAUGCUGACAUGGUGGACAAUAUGCUGCGGGAGUUUGGAGAAGGACCCAAAUCGGCAAGAGAGCUCGCUACAUACUGUGCGUCUUUGAAAAGAGAAUUUGAGAACAUUAAGGACUCUAGGAAGCAGCUGAAAGAGGAGAACAGUAGUUUGAGGAAAGACCUGAACCAAAAAACAAGAGUGCUUGACAUCAAGUCUAAAGAUUUAGAAGCUGUACAGCAUUCUCUCAUGUCAUUACAAGAUGACGUCCAGAGCUUAGAGAAGGAGAAGAAAGAACUCAAAGAGCGCAAUGAGAUCCUACAAACAGCUCUCAACUCACCGGUGGAUGGUGCCAAGUCAGCAUCCCUCAAGCAAGUCUUUACGCCCAGUAACAUGACCAAGAAGCCGAGACUGAGCGGCCCUGAUGAGAACGAGGAUGACAGCAUCAUCCUUGUAGAACCGGGGAACCCUGAAACACCAGACAUCGUUGCACCUAGUCCUAGCUUGGAAGAGCGGAACACCUGCAGAGAGCUGGGUAUUCGUUUUGUGAAAACCACCUCACUGGCUUCCAAGAUGAAGAGGCCCGAAAAUAGUGUGUCAGAGUCAUCGAUAUGGAAGAACACAUUAGCUUCGUCUAGUCUCUUCAACAAGAGAAGAGCCCUCUCUGGUCGAAACGAGAGCAGCCUUAGGAAAGGUUAUGACGGCAUGGGCGGCCAUGAUAGAUUUAUUGACACUGAUCCCAUUAUCAUCAGACCAAACAUGAAGAAAGCACCUCGAGGAGUAAAGAGAAAACCUUCAGGGAAACCUUGUUCACAACCACUACCGACGUUGGACAGGUUCUUACCCUCUUGAACAACUCUCAAGGUUUGCUCCAUUGAGAGGAGAAAACUCAAGGAUGUGUGCAGAGUAUGUUAAAAGGAACUGUGUCCACACCUUUUUACAAGUUCUUUUGAAGAGGAUCUCUUUGAUAGGACAUUGAAAGAUGACCUUCGAGAAAACUGAAGGAUGUGUCCAGAAGAUGUUUAAAGGAACUGUGUCGUCAUCAUUUCCUAACUUCCUUUGAUGAGUUAAACCCUUAUUCAUAGACAGAUCCAUUAUCAGCUUAUGAUAUGGAGGAUCCAUCAAGGAAACAUCCUAGGAACAUUCAAAGAGACUUCCAAGAACCUUAAAGUAGCUUUGAAGUAAACGUCUGAGGACGUUUGAAGGAGACUUCCAAGAUACUUUGAAAGAAACAUUCUACAUCGUUCAAAGAAACUUUGGGAAAUAUUGGAGGAAACUUCACAGGAUCUUUAACGGAGACCUUCAACCAAGUUUUGAGGAAACAUCUGAGGAAGUUGGUAGGAAACCUGCAAGGAACUGACUUUCCAGAAACUUCCAACAAACCCUCAACCAAGUUUUGAGGAAACAUCUGAGGAAGUUGGAAGGAAACUGACUUCCAAAAAACUAUGGAGGAAACCACUGAGAUCAUUCAAAGAAACUUGAAAGAUUUAAUGGAACUUCAUCAGAAAUUUCUAGGAUACUUCAAUGAACCCUUUAAGUAUUCAAGGGAACAUCUCAGGAAUUGGUAAGGAAACUUUCAAGGAACUUUGAAGGAGAUUUCUAAGAAACUUUUGAGGGUACAUAGAGCACUUUGAAGGAAAUGUCCAAGCAACUUUACAUAGAAACUGUCAUAGAAUUGCAUCGGUUACAUUUUCCAAACUCGGGCAUUUUUCUCUUUCCACCAGUGGUCGUAUCACUACUUAUGAAAGAGAAAUUAGAGCAGUUCCUUGUGAAUUUAAUACUCACACUAGUUCAAGACCAGUUUCUCAUUAUGUCGUAUCUCAGAAAUGCAGCUUGAAAUUUUGAAACUUCAAUGUUUGACAAUAUUCAUACCCGGGUCAUUUACGAGUGACAGAAGCGCUGGUGAUGUAACUAGAGGCCGCGCUCUCACGCAGCAUUAUGAAGUGGUCUCACUCCUUGCGUUCACUUACUCUAUUGAAAAUCUAAUUAUUUUCUCUUGAAAGCACAUCAAGAUGCUACUAUGAUGUGGAAGAGGUUCAUCGUGGUGAAAGAUGCUACUACUAUGCACUUUACAAAUCCACACAUUUUUAGGUCUUUGAACCAGAGAUAACUUUGCUUUUUAAUGAUAAUAAGUAAAAUCUUUUGGGACCUCAUGACUUACUAUAUAAAACAUGAUUUGCAUAAUGUUGUCUGAAAUAUUGCUUCAAUUCGGGCAAUAAUUUGACUUAUGGAAGGUUAACUUACGUAAAUUCAACUUUUCUCUAAUUUUCAAUUAUUUUGGCACUCGAUACUUCAUGCGGCAGUUUACCUUUCUAUUGUAAGUGCAAUGUUAAGAUUUUCAAAAUCAUAGAUAAAUUGAUUUUUGGGUCAUACCAUGCCAAUUCACCCAAUGAAUGUGCAAUUUUGCACCCGACCCUCUCGGAAUUCGUUGUAAAUUGGUACACAUAAAAUUCACCAUUUCCCACGCACAAAACAAAAAAAAUUAGUCCAAUUGGUCCGUCGGUUCUCGCGCUACGGCCCGCCCUUUUCUCCUUGUUUUGACAAAAAUGGGCGUGACCCUCAACUUUCAAUGGCCACUGCGUCGUAACGUGUUAACCAAUUUUCAUGAAACAGGUACCAUUUAUUAGGAAAUUCAGAGAGGAAUCCAAAACAUGCAUCAAAUAAUGUAUUGGAGCAAUUUAUAAGGUCGUGACCUUUGACCUUUACUUUGACCUUGAGUUUGACCCCCGGACAAAUAAUUUUUUUACUUGAUUUUCAUGUAUGUUAAUUAUUAGUAUGAUAUUGACAAAAUAUGUUAAAAUCAAUGAUGAUAUUUUAUUUCUUCACCUUUUAAAACUCUUCCAAAGAUACCAUGAAAUUUCACUCUAGUCCUACAUACUGAUAUUCAUGUUAGUAAAGUGUUAACCAUUUACAUGAUUUCUUCCAAUCUUAAGUUACAGUAUGCAUGCACAUGAAAAGAAAUUAAGCUCAUCAGUUCACAAAUGAAACAUUAAACAUUUAUGCUCAUGAAUAGGUAUCUGUUUAGGCAAUUUGAUGUUCAGCAAUAUAUGUCAUAUAUAUACAUAUAUAUAUAUAUAUAUUCUUGUUAGUAAAUAGGCAUAUACUCAACAAUUUGAUGAUAAAAGUAAACACUUUACUAACAAGAAUAUAUAUAUAUAUAUAUAUAUGUAUAUAUAUGACAUAUAUUGCUGAACAAUAUUGCUGAACCAAUUUACAACGAAUUCUGAGACGGUCGGGUGCAACCACUGGGUGAAUCCAGAUGGAAUGACCCUUUUGCAAGAUGGUAUAGGGAAGAUAAAUUACAAAAUUUCACUUUGACCAAAUAUUGAGAUAAAAGCAAUAUUAGAGAUUAAAUUGAAAAUCUUUCUGGAUGUUAAUUGAUAUUGAAUGUAUGGUACAUGUAUCUUGUAAAUAAAUGUAUUAUUGUAUAAAGAACAUAAAUCUGAAUGAAAGUUUUGCAAAAAGAAAGAAAAAACCCAGAUGAUUCAGUUUUUUAUUUAUUUUAA